AUGCAAACAGCACUUCUCCAGAAGAUCCGCUUGUACCAGAAUAACAUUUUUGGGGCUUUUUUCAUACAAAAGAGUAUGGAAAUAGGCUUAGCCCUUCUCAUCUGUCUACUUUGUUCUUCCCUUGCCUCUUGUGACAGAAACCGACGAUCCAGGAGGAAAAGCUCUAAAGCACCAAAAGCUCCGGUAUGGAAACGAAACUCGAAGCCUCGAAAAGCCCCUCCUACUCCGAUUUAUACCGUCAGUACCUCCUACUCCGAUUAUACCGUCAGUCCCUCCUACUCCGAUUAUACCGUCAGUCCCUCCUACUCUGAUUUAUACCCCCCUCCUACUCCGAUUUAUACCGUCAGUACCUCCUACUCCGAUUAUACCGUCAGUCCCUCCUAUCCGAUUAUACCGUCAGUCCCUCCUACUCUGAUUUAUACCGUCAGAACCUCCUACUCUGAUUUAUACCAUCAGCCCCUCCUACUCCGAUUUAUACCGUCAGUACCUCCCUACUCCGAUUAUACCGUCAGUCUCUCCUACUCCCGAUUAUACCGUCAGUCCCUCCCUACUCUGAUUUAUGCCGUCAGAACCUCCUACUCUGAUUUAUACCAUCAGCCCCUCCUACUCCGAUUUAUACCGUCAGUCCCUCCUACUCCGAUUAUACCGUCAGUCCCUCCCCUCCGAUUAUACCAACCUCCUACUCUGAUUUAUACCAUCAGCCCCCUCCUAUCCGAUUUAUACCGUCAGUACCUCCUAUCCGAUUAUACCGUCAGUCCCUCCUACUCCGAUUAUACCGCCAGUCCCUCCUACUCUGAUUUAUACCGUCAGUACCUCCUACUCCGAUUUAUAACAUCAACCCCUCCUACUCCGAUUUAUACCAUCAGCCCCUCCUACUCCGAUUAUACCGUCAGUACUUGCUACACUGAUUAUACCGUCAGUCCUUCCUUCUCCGAUUUAUACCCUCAGUACCUCCUUACUCUGAUUUAUACCAUCAGUCCCUUCUACUCCGAUUUAUACCGUCAGUCCCUCCUACUCCGAUUUAUACCGUCAGUCCCUCCUAUUCCGAUUAUACCAUCAAAAGAUGCCGGAAACUACACCUGUUUAGUUGGCAAUAGUUUGGGAAAUUUGAAUUUCACGUAUACGGUGGAGAUUACCAAGGUGAAAAUGCUAAAAGUUAUUCCACCGCAAAAUGUAACAAAAAGCGUUGGAGAAUCGGCUACAUUUAUCUGUCGAGUUCCUAAUGAUGACACAGCCAAGAUCAGAUGGUUGUACAAGAAAAUGCCGCAUGAUUCCAAUUCGAUGAGAGGAACACCACAAGAUGCAGUGUUCUUGCCAACUGGGUCCAACCCGGAAGUUCUUCAUAUCCGUAAUGUGACAUACAACGAUGCUGGAAAAUACACUUGCCUCGCCGGUAAUUCUCAUGAUAUGCGAUAUGAGAACGCUUGGCUGAAAGUUAUUGAUCGAAAGGAUUACAUGCGAAAAACAAUGCCACCACUGAUUGUGAGCACUUGGAAAAUCCCACACGGUACCGAUCCCCGGGAGUAUGGUAAACAUGCCAACGAGACUCACACCCAGACUAAAGAAACCUACCCAGCACUCGUUAGCAUUUGGACCAUCUACAUUAUCAGCAUUAUCGCUUUCUGUCUUCUCUUCCUUUAUUUUUUGUUAUAUUUUACGUUUUUCUUUCUUUCUUUUUCUUUCUUUCUUUCUUUAUUUCUCUCUCUUUUUCUUUUUCUUUCUUUAUUUCUCUCUCUUUUUCUUUCUUUCUUUUUCUUUUUUCUUUCUUUUUCUUUCUUUCAUUCUUUCUUUCUUUUUCUUUCUUUCUUUCUUUCAUUUUCUUUCUUUCUUUUUCUUUCUCUUUCUUUUUCUUUCUUUUUCUUUCUUUCUUUUUCUUUCAUUCUUUCUUUCUUUUUCUUUUUUAUUUCUCUUUUUCUUUCUUUAUUUCUCUCUCUUUUUCUUUAUUUCUCUCUUUUUCUUUAUUUCUCUCUCUUUUUCUUUAUUUCUCUCUCUUUUUCUUUCUUUCUUUCUUUUUCUUUCUUUCUUUCUUUUUCUUUCUUUCUUUCUUUCUUUUGCAUUCUUUUUCUUUCUUUUCUUUUUCUUUCUUUUUCUUUCUUUCUUUCUUUCUUUUUCUUUCUUUCUUUCUUUUUCUUUCUUUAUUUCUCUCUUUCUUUUACUCACUAA